GGUGAAACUCGUUAACAUCUUUCCUUUUGUUCCAUGCACCCCUUCCAUCUUCCCUAAACCAUGUAUUAUAAAUAAGAAAAAUCAUUAUACGAUAGUUUAUUUUAUUUUUUCUAUUAUUUUCCUUAUAAUAUGAAAAAGCCAAAAGAAAAAUAGAUUGUGGACGAAUAUUAAUACAAGCCCACUUCACCAUCUAUUUUUGUGCAAUCCUCUUUUCUAAAGCUAGCUUCUCUCUAACAAUGGAAACACAUCUCAACAUAGAGAAGAGUGCUUCUCAGGUUACCUUAACUACCGCCGCUAUCUUCACCGUAUCCUCUUCCUCCUCCUCUUCCACCGCCUCAUUGUCUUCACACACAACAUCAUCCUCUUCUUCAUCAAGAAUUUUGAAUUUCUCUGAGGAUACCAACUCUAAAAGAAAAGCAUCUCGAAGAUCAUUACCCGUUCAAGAAGAUGAUGAUAACGUCGUGAAACGGCGAAAAACCAGUGGCGGAGAUAAGCAUCCGACGUAUAGAGGAGUGCGGAUGAGGAGUUGGGGUAAAUGGGUGUCUGAGAUAAGAGAGCCGAGGAAGAAAUCAAGAAUCUGGCUCGGAACUUAUCCAACGGCUGAUAUGGCUGCUCGAGCUCAUGAUGUGGCGGCUUUAGCCAUCAAAGGUACAACGGCUUAUCUCAAUUUUCCUGAAUUAUCCGGCGAGUUUCCUCGCCCGGUCACCAACUCUCCUAAAGACAUUCAAGCAGCUGCCACCGCCGCCGCCGUAAAUUGGCAAGCCUCCGAUGAUGAAGCUGAACCGAGUGGAGAAGCGAUGGCUCAAUCUAUGUCAGGUAGUGUGGUGUUUUCUUCGGACAAUACAACUCAAGAGUCGUUAGAAGCUUCAUGUGCUUCGACCACUUCGUUUGCGGACAAAGAUAGCGAAGAAGAGAAGCUGUUUGAUCUGCCAGAUUUGUUUAGUGAUGAGAUGAUGAUACGAGACGAUGGGUUUUGUUGUUACUCAUCCACAUGGCAACUCUGUGGAACCGAUGCUGGGUUUCGGGUUGAUGAGCCGUGUUUCUUUUUCAGUGACCUAAAUCACACUACUCCUAACACCUAAUUAAUUUACCCUUCUUUUUUUCAUUUUUUUUGCUUUUGCUUUUUUUUGUUUUUUCUUCAAUUUGUGUGUUAGUGAUUUUUUUUGUAAACAAUGAUUUAUUUUCUUUUUUGAGCAAAAGAGUGUUUUAUGAAUAUUUUUGUAAUAUAAAUGUGGUGAGAACAUAUUCUGAAUAAAGAAAAAAUAGGGACAAGACCAAGUUGCUUGUUUUCA